AUGAUUGUGGUGGUGCCAAAUGUGAUGGGUAUCGCUCUCUUUGCUCCACCUCUCGAUAAAAUGGGAAACUCAGCACGAGGAAAGUUGAUUGACUCGUUCAACUUUCACAACUAUGAUAGUCUGUUGCACGCCGAUUCCAAGAAACACGAUCCUCGCCGACGGAUCGGAAACCGCGACACCGAGAUGAUAGUUUUCCUUCUGUUCGCAGCAAAAAAUGGGGAUUUCGAUCUGAUCCGAAGGCAAGUGGAAUCCAGGAUGUAUCUGCAAGGAACCAACCUUGAGAUGGCGGACUAUGAUGGUCGUACGGCUCUGCACAUCGCAUCAGCUGAAGGUCAUCUACACUUGGUGAAGUUCUUCGUCAACGUUGCCAAAGUCAAUCACCAGCCGCGUGACAGGUGGGGUCGAACCCCUCUCGAUGACGCUCGUACAUUUCACCACGAGGACUGUAUCCGUUUCCUUCUCAAACAGCACGCCCGUGGCCAAAAAGUCAGUCUACCUGAAAACACUCCAGCCAGCGAGAAUGAAUCGCAGAUAAGUAGCCAAGCAGAUGAAUCUUCUGGUGAAGACGAAUUGUCUGGCAGCACUGGAAUGAUGCUUAUCAAUGAGGAAGACAUGAAGGAAAAAGGUGUAACGGUCGUUUCUCAUUCAUUUGAGCUUUUCUAUCGGUAUAUCUAUUACGAACGUUGUCCCAUCACUGUGUUAAUAUCAAGCGAUCUGUUGAUUCUUGUACGACCUAAGUUGUCGGCAAAUUUUGCAAGGGAACCUGCAGGUAUGGCAACAACGUCCGCGCUCAUGCAUAAGGAACUCAUGUUUCGACUCUUCGUACGAUUCUACACAAAGUACUUCCGACUCUACCUUCUCAUCUAUGAUUUCUACACAAAGCAGUUUGGAAUAAGGCAGCAUAACUAA